CCAUCAAGCUCUCGACAGAGCGGAUCGCAGAUCAAGUUCAAAGUCAUCUGCGGCACAUGGCCUAAUGGUGAUGCUUCCGUUGCCGCCGGCGCAAACUUUAUCCGUAUAAAAGCCGCGGGUGAGCAUCGAUGCCACAGCACACAUCUGCCGUUGAUCGUCGCACAAACACAGCCAGCAAACAUGAAAUUCCUUAUCAUUGCCGUUGCCUUCCUGGCCUGCGCCUUCGCCGAUGUCUCGGAGCUGUCCGGCUACGACUACCAGCAGCCAGAGCUGCCCGCUCCCGCUCCGUUGGAGACCUACAUCCCGCCCGCACCCCCAGCACCGGCGCCCGUUGAGAGCUACAUUCCCCCCGCACCGCCAGCACCCGAGUACAUCCCACCCGCACCCGUCCAGGCCGAGCAGUCCAUCAUCGAGGAGAUCGAGCAGCCAGCCCAGGACGGCUACCGCUACAAGACCGUGCGCCGUCGCGUCUUCCGUCACCGUGCCUAAGUCCCCCCCCCCACCCCAUUGUUGGUUCUUCCUAAGAUUGUUUUUGUGUUCACUCGAGUGCCGUUGAUUGGUCCAACCAUCCGCAAUCCGCACUUUGAUAGUAAAAUUCGUGAAAAUUGAA